AUGCUAUUGUCCAUCCUGGCGCUAGUUGGAAUUUUGGGGCCUAUUGGCUCAUUGGCAACCGAUCCCGGUCCAGCAGCUUGUUCCAAUAUAACCUCGCAGCUAGGAUCGUCCAAAGUCAUCACCAGCAAACUUAGCUUGAAGUAUGUCUCUAGUACCGAGUAUUGGAGCACGCCCCAGGAUGCGUACAAACCAUCCUGUGUUGUCUAUCCUUCAUCCUCGGAGGAUGUUUCUGUGACGCUUCGGGCCAUUCGAGCAGCCGGCAGCCGAUUUGCGGUCAAAGGAGGAGGGCACAAUCCUAACAUGUUCUUUUCGUCAACUGACAAGGGCGUGCUCAUUAAUUUGAGUAACCUCUCCGCAAAGUCAUAUGAUCCAGACACAACGUUAGCAACAUACGGACCAGGUGGUGUAUUUGGCGACAUAUACGACUACUUCGUGGACUAUAACCGCACGGUGGUUGGAGCCCGACUCUCCGGGGUAGGAACCGGUCUCGCUCUGGGUGGUGGCAUGAGCUAUCUUUCUCCUCAAUAUGGCAUGGCCUGUGAUUCAUUCCGGGAGCUGGAAAUAGUUCUUCCUGAUGGUCAAAUUGUGAUAGCAUCCAACACUUCCAACCCCGACUUGUUCUUUGCUUCGCGUGGUGGCGGAGGAAAUGCAUAUGGUGUUGUUACCAAGUAUACGGUCCAGAGUCGCCCUAUUGGCCAAUUCUUCGCGGGAAAUAUCAUCUACGCCUUUCCUCAGAAGGACGUUAUCGUUGAAGCAAUUGGAAAUUUCAUCCGAUACAAUACAGACCCCAAAGCCAGCAUUAUCGGUACUUACGAGAAGCUGCCCACCCCGGAUUUGAAUCUGAACUUGGACGAGGCCAUUAUAAUGUUUCUAGUCUAUGAUGGCCCUGACCCAGGUGAUGCGUUCGCAAACUUCACAAAGGUCCCCCAUCUCCUCGACACUACUGGCCUCAAGACCUACCCUGAGGUGGCCGACAUGCCACUUCCAAUCGCCACCGAGGCUUCUCGUGGAAACAACAUCUUCCGUGUUGGAGUCCAUCGUGCGGAUAAUGAUGAGUACAAGAAUGCCCUAGAUCCGGUCCCCAAAAGCUUGACAGACGCGAGUAAGGCGCAGGGUGGAAAUGCAAUGGAUAUGCCCGAUGGCCCAUGGUUCUGGUUGAAUUAUUUGAUCACAACGUUGCCGGGAAUGAGCCAGCCAGACUAUGAUGCCAUUCAAUCCAGCUUCUGUGAUAUGGUUGCGUCGACAGCAAACGCCGAAGGUCUUCCGUUGUUCAUCAAUGAUGCGCACUAUGACCAACAUCCUUUAUCAACCUUCUCUACAUAUGGGAAGCUACAAGAGAUUAAGAAGAAGUAUGACCCAGAAAACUUCUUUACUGCCAAAACGGGGGGUUGGUCAUUUGACUAG